UACUGCGUGCAGCUACAUGCUGUAUUUGGUGAUAGGUAUCUAAUAUGACCAUUUUAGAUACCUUCAGAUUGGGCACCUGGUGCUUUAUGAAUUAAUAAAAAUUGUGUACAAUCAUCACAACUUGUAUCAAUCACAGAUGAAAAGAAACCUGAAAUUACAGGUCUCCAUGGGAGGGGAAAUGCACUACUGUAGAAAGUGAAGUAUGUUUAUGAAGCUGACAAAGAAAGUUCAGGGCUGCAUUUUGGCUUCAACUUCACAAUUGGCAGAUGUCGCAGGCGUCUGGUGGGAUGUUGUUUCCUUUGAGCACGCUAGUGGGACAGAAAAGGGUAUCUCCAGCUGAAAUGGAGGACAGAGAAGUGGAGGAUCUCCUAGAAUCAGAUAAGCGAGAGUCAUCUUCUCCAAAGGCUCUUGAAUUGCAAAUGAUCCCAUCAACUGAAGAUAACGAUGAUGUAGCAGUUAUCACACCACCAGAUGAUACAGAAGACAUCAAACCCCAGAUGAGAUCAUUAAGCCCCUUGUCAUUGACAAGCAUAUCACCAGAUGAAACUGUGCAAAAAGAAAAACCUGAUCAUUUAAAUGGGCCAGGUUCAGGGCCACCAUACAGUUUUACAAAGUCGUUGCAGAAGGCUGAAGCUCUACUGUGGAAUAGACUUCAACCUGGAUGGAAAUGGCUAAUGAAGCAACGAGCAGAAGGUGGUUUUUCAGAAGUGGAUAGUGAUGAUUCAUUGUUAUCUUCAGAUCCAGAUGGCAUCUCCAUCUCAGGAAAACUGGCUAAUGUGGAGCAGUUUAUCUUAGGCCUGAAUAAAUGUUGUCAACUACAACGAGGUUUAAAAGGUGCUUUGCUUCAGGGUCAUGUGAAAUCAUUAUCCUCAGAUGUUCCUUUUAUCUCUGAGUUUCAUUACCAUCCAUCCAUUUCUAAUUUGGGAAAGCAUUACGCCAAGCUUCAUUUACUAAUGGAGACCAGAUCUCGUCUCGUUCUCAAUAAAGUGUAUGCCAGCCGUUUAAUGGAUGCAUCUGAAUUUGUACGAAGACUGACUGGUUUGCUGAUGCACCAAGAGCAUGAAAUGUCAAAAAUAGAACUGGAUGAUAUAAGUGUCACAUCUGUUAAGGGACUUGGAGGUCUUUGCGAGGAGCUAAAAUGCCAUACAAACCACUGGAAAUGCCUUGGUGAAAAAAUUAGAAACGACCCCUGGCUAAGUCCUCAACUUUUGUAUAUGAAAGAAAACCUUCAAUAUAUGAACAAGACUUUGACAUUAUUAAGCUUGUAUGCUGUUUUUCUUAUGGAACAAUAUAUUUGCACAAUAAUUUGUACUUUAGCUUGCUCCCAGCCAUCUAGUAUGUCCUCAAAAUCCCUCUGGGAAUUUUUUCAUGGUCUGGAAAUAUUCAACAACAUUGUAUCAGAGUUCAAAAUAGACCACUCAUAUCUUAAACUGCAAAACCAUGUUGAAGAAAUGAAUGUAAAUGAAUCGGAUUUACUCUCCCAAAGCCUGAAAGUAAACAUGUGUAGGCGGAAUGGGAACUGGCAUAUUGAACCAUUUCUUAUAGAUAGAGUGUUGAGGAUUUUGGCUGAUGAACGAGGAAGAAUAGCAGCCCAACAUUUUUAUGAAGUUAUCAGUACAAAUAAUACAUUUCUUUCAACCGCAAACCAAAAUGGUUUGAACAGCCUAGAAUGGGAAAAUAUAAAUGUGCCUUUUCUUCAGACAGAUAUGGGUGACGACCUUAAUUUUUUUUGUGGUAAAGAAAUAAAAAUAAGUCUAUGUCGACCAAAACUGGGGGCUGGUCAACUGGCAUUGGGACCUUGUAGCUCAAUAAACUCCAUCCAGGAAUUCUGCUUGGAGGACAAGGAACUCAUGAACUAUAUUUUUGAGGGUCUUAUUACCUCUAACAUGCUUUGGCAGCUUGUUCUAAACCGACCCAAACCUGAUCAACUGCAGGAAAGUAAAUCUGGUGGCCUGCAGAUACAGGGCAACGUAAUGCCUUUAGCAGAAAACUACCCUCAACGAGGCUCAGAAACAAAGCAAAAUGACGAAAUAAAUCCAAACCCUCAUUUAUCCCCAAUCAGGAGAAAAUCUGUCCACUGGCAGGACUCCUCAAAUUCUGAAGGAAAAGCUCUGCUGCUUUCAAACUAUAGGAAUAUGAUGUGGAAAGCAUUUGGAACCCAUUUGAGAGAUCAGUUCUACUUACAGCCAUGGCUUUCUUAUGACCCUUGUAACAAUGCCAUUGGAAAUAUAGACCAGUGCAAAGCUCAGAUCACUGUACUACUUACUCAAGUAUUGCAUGAAGCAUGUUAUAAAGGAUUACUACCAGGGGAUUGCGAGCCAGUCAUAAAGGAUCUUUGUCUCCACAUGCUCUCAAGGGUUGCCCUCAUUCAUUGGGAUCAAGUUUUCUGCCAUGCCUUGGGAUCAGGGUUGAAGGACAGAUGUUUUUGUGAUCCUGAGAGCAUUGGAGACGGAGUGAGAAGCAAGACAGCUGGCCUUUUCCUGGAGCUUUUUCGCCCUCUUUGUGCGAUACUGACCUGGUUGAACUUGGAACAAAAUCAGCGUGAAGGUUCGAGCACUGGAGUGGUCUGUAAGCUUGCAGUGCCACACAUUUUAUUGCCAACAAUGACUCAUUGCCUCGUUACAGUCCAGGCUUCGUCAUAUUGGCUGAUGACGAAAGCCUUCCAAUUUCUUUCUUUUUGGUCUUUGAACCAGUUUCUACUGGUAACACAAGGAGAUUUAAAAUUUCUCAGGGUGGUAGCGGAGAAGAUCUCACACCUUGCAGAAAUCUUUUGCAUCGAGGAGAUGGGCAGCCAAGGCAUCCAGGAGGUUUUAAUGUCGGCAAAAGUGACCGCACUAGCAAAAGAUCUCAGGCAAAGUGCAGCUAUUAUCAAUGCAUUCUCAGAGAAAGUAUUGAAGAUAUUUUCAGCCGACUGCAAAAAGAUGACAAUUGAAAUAUUUGAGCAAACCAUGCCUGUGGGAAGACACUGGAGAAUAAAUUACCGAUCAGUUGAGCUCCCAAGCAACCCCAGUGAAUAUGCAACUGCUGCUGUACAGGCUGUGAUUGGCCAGGUUCUGGAGGGAAUCCAGCCACUUCCAGAAGAUGCUCAAAUCAUUCCUUUAACCAUGGCCUUGACUGCUUUUAUGGAGGGCUGGAUGGAUCAUAUUCUUAAGCAAAAGAUCAAAUUCAGUGUCCAGGGUGCCUUGCAGCUGAAGCAGGAUUUUGAUAUGAUCAGAGAUUUAAUCCGUUCAGAGAAACAUGGAUUGUCUUUUGAGGUCAGGCAGACUCUCCUGUCUCUCCGUGUCUUCCAACAAAUGGACAAUGCCAUUAUCUGCCUCUUGCAGCAACCUACCAGGAAGAUCUAUGCCCCAUCAAAUACCUGGGAGCCAUUCCGGAGAUGCUGCUCCUCUUCCACCAGGACAGUUGACUUCAGUCAUGGGAGCUUGAAUAGCCUUGACAGCCUGGAUUUGCAGACUGGAAGGACCAGAGCAAUCUUACAGCCUGAAGCUCCCACAGCCUCUGACCUUCUCAGCAAAAUUAGGGCAACUGGGCACCCAGAGUCCUAUUUGGCUGUAAAUCAGCAGGAGUGGCUUGCACUGAGAGUGGGUAGUGAUAGACGGUGGAAAGCACUCCGUUUGCCUUGUAUGAAGAAGAGCCCUGAACAAUGAUUUGUUAAUAUUCUUAGCACUGUGCUCCCCAAGUGUUUCAUUUUGAUUUCUAAAUUAUAAUAUCCAUUUAAAGUCUGAGCCAUAGAAAAGUAUUACACCAAAGCACUUUAAUGCAUGCUUUUUCCUUUCAUUUGAAAUACUGUGCUAGUUUGGAAGCAUUCAGCCUUGACUUAUCUGAACUGGGAAAGGGUUAAGCUUCCUUUAUGGUCAAUAAUUGACCUUGAUUCAAGGGAAAAUCUUGAGCUGUUUUGUAACUCUUGUGAAAAAUGAACAUAAAGUUAAAUAUUAAAAAAAUGAUGAUAGACCUAAAA